GCGGCGUCAAGCCUCGUGUCGGUGUUGUGCCGCACUCCUGUUUCCAUCACUGGACCGAGGAGGAGGCAACAUGGCUCAGGAAUGGAGAGGAACAGGUUCAUCACGCAAGCACAGCGCCCCCCGCUGGUGCCUUCAAAAUAUUGCGCAAGAAUCUGUGGACAGCUCCGAUGAAGAGUUUUUUGAUGCCAGAGAUGUUAUGGAGGGGAAAAGUGCCAUUCUGCUUGGCAUGAGUCAAUGGAACUCAAAUGACCUGGUGGAACAGAUUGAGACGCUUGGACACAUGGAGGACCAAUCUCAUGAGGGUCUCUAUCAACUUGGCGAUCCACGCUGUGGCCCCCAGAGCAGCACUGAGGGACUGGAGGAUGUAGAGAAUUCCAAAUGUGGGACCCAUGUUCUGCUGCUAGUUGUACACGGGGGGAACAUUCUGGACACGGUUGGCGGGGACCCGAGCGCGAAGGCCGGCGACGUGGCCACCCUGAUGUCCGUGCUGGAGAAGGUGACGCGAGCUCACUUCCAGGCCGCCGCCCAACACGUGAUGAUCAAACUGGUGGCGUGCCCGGCUGUGUGUGCCGAGGCCUUCUCGCUGGUGUCCAAUUUGAACCCUUACAGCUACGACGAGAGCUGCGUGUCCAGCAGCGUGGACCACCUGCCGUUGGCCGCCCUCCCGCUCCUCGCCAUCGUGUCGCCACGCUACCAGGACGCCGUGGCUACAGUCAUCGCCCGCGCCAACCAGGUCUACCGCAGCUUCCUGCACUCCGAGGAUGGUCAGGGCUUCUCGGGUCAGGUGUGCCUGAUGGGCGACUGUGUUGGAGGCGUCUUGUGUUUUGAUGCUCUGUGCUUCAGUAGCCAGCAGAGGCCUGGCAGCCCAAAGAACAACAACAACAACAACACUCCCAGCAGCAGGAACAACAGCACUGAAAGUCUGAAGGAAAACUCCGGUCUGCUGGGAGAGUCCAGCCCGGGUCUGAGCACCAGCAAAAGGCUGAGCAAGAGCAACAUCGAUAUCUCCGCCCCCAAUGAGGGCCGCAGCCAGGGGGCGCCACCUCUCAGCCGCAAGCAGAGCGACUCGUACGAUGGCGAUACGUCGUCUACUGGCCAGCACGUCUUCUUUUCCAGUCUGAUGAAGGACAGUGUGGAGGUGCGCAGCAGCAGCAGCAGCAGCAGUCUGGUCUUUAAUCCCGGCCGCUUUGACUUUGAGGUGUCAGACUGCUUUCUACUGGGCUGUCCUCUGGGCCUGGUACUGGCCAUGCGACGCACGGUACUGCCUGCCGUCCAAGUGAAUCAGCUCCAUCCGGCCUGUUCCCAAAUCUUCAACCUGUUCUACCCGUCUGAUCCUUCGGCUUCCAGACUGGAACCACUGCUGCAACCGCUUUUUCACAAGCUGCCGCCGUAUGCUGUCCCCCGUUACCAGCGGUACCCUCUUGGGGACGGACGCUCACUGGUCAUAGCCGAGAGUAUCCAAAGCCAUCCGGAUGUGUUUGUGGAUGGAGAGCAGACUCCACAGUCAUCCUUUGAGACCAAAUGGAAAGGAGGAGGCGGAGAAGAGAGAGUUCGCCGGGCCAGCGUCACCAGCGUGGAAAGUGGAAUGUCGAUUGGUUCUAGUGGCCAUCAGCUGUGCAACACCAUUGCCAACAUUUCCAGUAGCUGGUGGGGAUCAAAAAGGCUGGAUUACUCCCUGUACUGCCCUGAUGUGUUGACCGCUUUUCCCACGGUGGCGUUGCCUCACCUUUUCCAUGCCUCCUACUGGGAGUCAACCGAUGUAGCAGCCUUCGUCCUCAGACAGCUCAUGCGGUGUGACUUCAUGAAGACGCAGGAAGCCGACAGUCUGGACUCGGCGCCCUUUUCGCCCUCCAGCCCGCGGGAAAAGUGGCUUCGGAGGAGGACGCACGUCAAACUGCGGAAUGUCACUGGCAACCAUCGAGUGAAUGACGUAAUUGCCACAGAGGAUGGACCCCAGACGCUGGUCGGCCGCUUCAUGUACGGCCCCUUGGAUAUGGUGACGCUAACUGGAGAAAAGGUGGACAUCCUGCUGAUGACACAGCCCCAGUCCGGACGCUGGGUGCACUUUGACACUGAAGUGGCCAACAGCAGCGGCAGGGUCACGUACACCAUACCCAACGACAAGAAGCUCGGCCUCGGGGUCUAUCCCAUUAAAAUGGUCGUCAAGGGAGAUCAGACGUCAGCCGAAGCCUACCUCACGGUGCUGCCCCGAGGAAUGGAGUGCGUGGUCUUCAGCAUCGACGGCUCCUUUGCUGCCAGCGUGUCAAUCAUGGGCAGCGAUCCCAAGGUCCGCCCCGGUGCUGUGGAUGUAGUCAGGCACUGGCAAGACCUGGGCUACCUGAUCAUCUACAUCACGGGUCGUCCUGACAUGCAGAAACAGCGCGUGGUGCCCUGGCUGUCACAGCACAACUUUCCUCACGGCAUGAUCUUCUUCUCCGAGGGUUUGGUUCACGAUCCCCUGCGACAGAAGACAAUCUUCCUCCGGAACCUCAUACAGGAGUGUCACAUUAAGAUCAACUCUGCUUAUGGAUCAAUGAAGGACAUCUCUGUUUACAACAUGCUCGGCCUCGGCCCGUCACAGAUUCAUAUUGUGGGCAGACCUUCAAAGAAGUACCAGAACCAGUGCCAGUUCUUGAGUGAGGGCUAUGCAGCACACCUCUCCACUCUCCAAUUUGGGCACAGAGCCCGGCCCAAAAAAUCCCCCUCGGUUCGCAUGGUUCUCAGGAAAGGCUCCUUUGGGCUCACCGCCAAGCCAGACUUCCUGUGCAAGCGCACCCACCUGCGCAGGACUAUGUCGGUCCAGCAGCCCGACCCGCCCUGCACACCCAACCCAAAGCCCGAGCGAGCCCAGAGCCAACCUGAGUCGGAUAAGGACCACCUCGGAGGGGGAGGCAGCGGCGCGGGGGGACAUGGCGUUUGGGGACGAGCCUCGAUGCAUCGCGGAGACACGACGCCCUGACGUCGGACAACGCGAAGCAUUGAACACUGGAAGAUUGAGGAAAGUGAAAGGAUUGAUGCCGAGGUUAGAUCUUUUUUUUUUUGUGGAAAAUGAAACUCCUCGUAAUGAAGUCCAAUACAAGAGUCGUAACACAAAUGCUGCUUUUUCAAAAUGAAUAAUACUCGUAAUACCACUCUCAAACACGCCCACAUCAGAGUGCUUACACUAAAGAAG